CCCGCCUUCCCUCAACUUGUAGCGGUGCGGCCCGGAGGAGAAAUGCCCCCGUGGGCCGCCCGUUUCCCGGCCGGGGCGGCGGGGGGGUACCCUGGGUGCUGAGGCGGGUGGCCCGGAGGCGGGGGGGAGGCUCUAACCUUCACACCCCCUCCCCUUUCCCCACCUCGGCGGUGCGUGUCCCCCCCCGUCCCCCUCGCCCCGGGCUGUGGGAGGCUCCGGCCGUGCCGCUCCGCGUCCCUUUAAACCCGCCGGAGCUGCCAAGGCACCCGCGAUCCUUCUGGAAAAGCCCUGUGGAUCUUUUCUUUUCCCUCGGCCAGUCGCCAUGGUUGCAUGGCGAGUGCUUCGUUCUGCUUGGCGACCUGCAGAUAUUUGGCGGUCUUGCUGAAUAAGGGAGGUUUCCUCAUCGCCGUAGCGGAGUGAUGAAUGAGAUGCUUUAAUUUGUAGGAAUAUUAUCCCCUUCUUAGCGCAGCUUUCACCUCUGGAAGUCUCUGCCGUCCGAAAAUGUUUGUUGUUCUUUAUAAAUCUUGGUAUGUGCCAUGUCUAGCUUCACUUGAGACCCUCCAAGAAUUAUGUAGGAAGGAAAAUCUCAGAUGUAAAUCCAUUGGAAUCACCAACAGGAGUCUAAAGAGUUAUGAGGUGGAGUAUUUGUGUGACUACAAGGUAGAAGAGGGCACGCCAUACUAUCUUGUGAAAUGGAAAGGAUGGCCCGAAUCUUCAAAUACUUGGGAACCUGAGGACAAUCUGAACUGCCCACUGAUUCUUCAGAACUUUCUUAGUGACAAGAACGAAUACUUGUCUCGGAUGAGAGAAGGCAAAGCACUGAAAGUGAGAAACCACGUUAAAGCUUUGCAGCCUGCGGUUGCCGACUACAUUGUAAAGAAAGCCAAGCAAAGAAUAGCUCUGCAGAGAUGGAAAGAAGAACUCAACAGGAAAAAGAACCAUAAAGCGAUGAUUCUGGUAGAAAACACUGUGGAUCUCGAAGGCCCUCCCUUAGACUUCUACUACAUUAAUGAAUAUAAACCUGCUCCGGGGAUAAAUGUAAUAAAUGGAAUAACGACUGGCUGUGAGUGCACUGACUGCCCUGCUGAGAAGUGCUGCCCGAAGGAGGCUGGGUUUAUUUUGGCUUACAAUAAACGAAAAAAGUUGAAAAUCCAGCCCGGUUUGCCCAUCUACGAAUGCAAUUCGUUUUGUAGGUGUGGGCCUGACUGCCCUAAUAGGAUAGUACAGAAGGGUACACCCUAUACCCUUUGCAUCUUCCGAACCAACAACGGCCGUGGUUGGGGAGUGAAAACCCUCCAGAAAAUUAAUACCAACAGUUUUGUGAUGGAGUACGUUGGAGAGGUGAUUACAAGUGAGGAAGCAGAGAGACGAGGCCAGCUCUAUGACAACCAGGGAAAUACAUACUUGUUUGAUUUGGACUAUGACUCAGAUGAAUUUACAGUAGAUGCAGCUCGAUAUGGAAAUGUGUCCCACUUUGUGAAUCACAGCUGUGAUCCAAAUCUUCAAGUCUUCAAUGUGUUUAUUGAUAACCUCGACUUGCGUCUUCCUCGAAUAGCGCUGUUUUCUACGCGAACCAUCAAGGCUGGAGAAGAGCUAACCUUUGACUAUCAGAUGAAAGGUUCGAUAGAUCUGACUUCAGACUCUGCUGAUGGUCUUAGCCCAUCCAGGAAGAGGAUCAGGACUGUCUGUAAAUGCGGAGCCGUGUGUUGCAGAGGUUAUCUCAACUGAGUUUGGGUAUCCAAAGUCGCAAAUACUUCGUUCUCUUUUCAAUGUGUUUUAAGAAGACUCUUCUUUCACACCUAUAUUCAAGUAUUCUUACGUCCAGUGUAAAUAAAUACAAUGAAAACAAGGCAUUACAUUUGUAAUUGAAAUGGCAGCGGCCAAAGAAAGAGAUGUAGCGUGACAGCUAAUAGCUGGGAUUAAAAAUUGAUUUUUCUAGAACUGUUACUUAGGAAGCAGUAAAAGGUAUGAUAAGAAAGCUCCUUAAAAAUAGACCUUUAUUUGAAUAUUCAGUUGUGAGCUUACAGCCGUAGGCUUUUUAGGAGCUGAUUCCAGGGGGAUGAAGCGAUGUUACGUGUUCUCUAUACCUUGAAAAGUCUGGAGGCACUUCAGCUGGAAUCCUGCAUCAUCGCUGACGCUUCUUUUGCGUUUCUGUGGUGUAAAUAAAAGCUUCAAGAGAUUAGCAAUAAUAUUUCUGGCACGAGGGUGAGGGAUUAAGGUCAGCCAGCAGACUGUGCCUGAGUAAAGGUUCACAGGAAUGCAAAUCCUAAAAUGUCCGUCGAACCCCACGCAAGUAAAGCAAUCAGCCUCAGCAGAUUCUAGAUGUAAGGUCAAGUUCUCAAGACGUUUAUAGCUGAUGUUAUUUAGAAGUUUUACAAAGAGAUACGUAUUUUUGUCAAUUGUUCUGAUUUUUAGGUAGGGUGCUAUAGGAGGUCUGCGGUUCUAAAUACCAGAUUGUCAGUAGUAACAUGCCAUUUUCAUUGCAGAAAUAUGGCAGCCAUUGCUGAACCCAAUGGACUGGCUACAAUUUGGAAAUAGAUAACAAAAGACUAGGGAGAGCAGCCCGUUGUCUAAUGAAGCUGAUGCAUUAUGGAGAUGUGCUCAGUUAUCUGUUAGGUGCAAAAAUACCCUAAUUUGUAUUCACAACUGCUUUUGAUUAAGCUUUUAAAUACUGUGACUUUUUUUUUUAUUUAGUGACAGACUUGUAAGAUACUAGGCCUGUUUUUUCUUGUUGGGAAAAUGUUAAAGUGAAGUUAAACUAGUGGGGAAUUUACCCAGUUGCUUUAAACAUGUGUAAGAUGUUCUUGAAUGUAAAAGCUGAGAAAUGUACUGUUCUUCAGCUUUUUUUUCCUGAGUAUUUUUUUUUUAUUAUUAUUUUUUCCUGAUCAUCUUAAACUUGUCUCGAGCUGUUUGUAAUGUAUGCUGAGUUUUGCUUGGCUUCAAGAAAUGCUGAAGAGCAGUUUGAGGGGGUGGGUUUGAGUUAUGAGUUUGAGUUAUGAGCGGAGUUACAGCCGAGGUCCGUGCUGCGGGGAUAAUCUAAGUGCUUUAUUCUCAUGGAUUAAAAAAGCUUGUAAAACUUGCAUAUUGCUUACAAAUCAUGUAAAUGUUGACGGGGUCAGGCAGAAUAAUGUUGCUCCAUAAAUGGAUGCUCGCUGUGUAUCAUAGGUCAGCUCGUUACCUUUAUAAGGUGCACAGCUGUUGGCUCAGGUGACUGAAGUCGUGUACCCAGCAUAUAACCGUUUACUUAAUUUGUUAGAAAAAUGCCUUAACUUCCAUGUUAAUUACCGGCACUCCGAGAAGAGUGCUUCAGAGGAUAAUACAGGUUGGUUAUUCCUUAAGAAGCACAGUUGCAUUUGCACUGAAGAUCCAGCUCUUUGGCAGAAAGGGACAUUUUAUAUGCUACUCGCCAAAACUGGUUUCACGGUUGGGGUGACGAGCGUGGGCCACUGAAACUGCUGUCCAAGUUUUGUAAUUUACAAUGCAGAGAGAUACACACUGAAACAGGUACUUUAUAUCGCUUAAUGAAUAGGAGGAAGUUUGCUUAGAUUUAAAAGUAUUUGACAUUACCAGGCUCACCUGUAUCCACACGCUCGGAUAAAUGCUGAAUCUAGUCGAUUUUUAUCACGCCGCGUCUCUUAAUGAUUUAUUUUUUUAAAUAUAUGAAGUUGAAGUGGAAGGGGCAGCUUUAACGCUAGCAAACUCGAGGUGAUCUGACGUCAUUUGGAGUCAUUAGUGCUUUCUCUUGCGUGUAGCCUGACUCGGCGAUGUGUUUCCGCGUGGAUGGAGGCCGUGGCCUCCAGCUCCUCAAUCCGCCGCAGCCUUCCCCGUGGGUACGGGGUGGUGACAGUGGCUGCCCCUAAGAAACAAAUUCCUGACCAAAUUGGGUUUUCUGGCCUCUCCGGUACAAGAUGACACAGGGCUGGUUCGACACUCUUUUUGCCCGGUGCCCAGUUUUUUGAUUUAAAAAUUGCAAGUGAAUGCAUUUUAAAAGAUAAAAGUCUUUUUUAAGUUUCACUUGAGUUCAGCGUCUGCCUUUUUCCCAAGGCAGUAUAUGUUACCACCAGCACUGGAAUAACAGUGCUGUUCCUUAAGGAUAUGUGUGUUACCUCUUGUGCGAUAAAUAAAGCUCUGUUAAUUUAUGUUCUGGGAGGUAACAGUAUUCUGUAUUUAUUUGAAGUAAACCCACGUUCCCAGUUUCCAAUUUAGGGCCUUGAACAGUAUUCUGUAUUUACAUAUCCACAGUCCAUUUGGAUUGCGUUCAAUGAAUUAGCUUAAUGGACACCGUGUCACUUUUAAAACUCCUUUUGCGGUUUUUAUCAGUUUGGGGGGGGAAAUUCACAAAUUGGAAAAGGAGAAAAAGCUAUUUUCAAUUUCUUAAGGACCCUACUCCAGCCUCGCUUCUGCCUGUUUUGCUUUGUGGUCUGUUAGCAUCGCCGUGGCCACCGGGUCAGUUGGUCUAUAUGCACUUCUUAGAGACUGGUAACCUGUGAUCUGUCCUCUAGCUGUUCUUUUUUGUUGGGUUUAAUUUUAUUUUUUUUUGGUAGCAAAACUAAAGCUGCAGGAUCACCUGUAAGAAAAGCUAUUAUCUACUUAAUGAAUUUCAAAGUUAAGUCAUCUUUUGGUUAUUUCUGCUGCAUGUUUUAGGACUGUGUACAUUAGAAUAUGCAGUUUGUUAAGCUCAGGAACACUUUCUUUUCAUAAUGUGUGAUCUCUAGUAUUGCUACCUUCCUAUAGUUUUUUGAUAAAAUAAAUUAAAUUUAGUUUUU